AUGAGAGGUAAUUAUCAACAAUUUGAUGAUAGUUUAGAUUAUACAGUAAAGGUAAAGAAAGGUGGUGGUUAUCGCGAUGUGUCAACGACACCAUCUUCCUCAUCUUUAACUUCCACUACUUCAACAUCAUCAUCUCCAGCGUUUUCGAGUCCAUCAUUCAUUCCGACAGAACAAACCAUCGACCCAUCACCAUCAUCUACUCUGCCGCUUUCUUCAACAGACAACAAUAAUAAUCGAAGUCAAAGUAUUGUUUAUGUGUUAGUGCCAAUAUUCUCAAUUGUGGCUUUCGCCAGCUUACUAAUUUGUCUUUUACUAUAUCGACGAAAGAAACCACGAAGGAAUAGUCAGCAUUAUUUCAUUAGGAGCAUCAGAAAUAAGAAUGACAGUGAUGAUAAUAGUAUUGGUUCUAGCAAUGAAACAACCGUAGUCAGUAUGGAUUAUCAAAAAAGUGGCGGAGAAAAUCUUUCAAUAAUAUCACUGCCAAAACGACCACCGUCAGCAUUGUUGGGUCAACAUGCGAGCACAGUUUUACAAUUUGAAGCGAUGCAUCCACAUGUCGUGGUCGUCGAUAUGGAAGAUAGUGCACCUCACCGGGGUAGUAUCAUUAUUGGAACUGAGGGACGAGACGGGGGUUGUCGUAUGAUUAAAUUGUUACAAUUAGACGAGAGAAAACUCGAAAAUAACAACUAUGGAAAAGGUUUCUUUAAGUUCAGAAAAAAAUAG